CUUUUAUUAUGAAGCGCGGGUGAACUCGGUUGCUGUGUUGUUCACGUGAGUUCUUCAGACAUCCGAAUAACAUUAUUUUGACCGUGUCCGCGCACAUUAAAGCCUAUUUGUGGGCUUAUCUGCUCAAUUAGGCAAAACGUCAGUUUUCACACACAGUCGCUUGCUGGCCAAAAAGGCCUAAUAAAUUAGUAAGGUAAUAUAAAUUGGAUCUAUUACUGUCAGUAUGGACGAAUCUAACCGAGCCUCUUCGUAUCUGGACGAGCCUGCGAACAGUCGGCUGUUUCUCGUUACAAGUAAAUCCAUCACAGAGGAGACCAUACGGGAGCAUUUCACAGCUUUCGGGGAGAUUCAGGACAUACGGGUGGUGAAGGACAAGCAGACGAAAGAGUCGAAAGGAGUGUCGUUUGUGAAAUUCGCCAAAUCGUCGCAAGCCUGCACUGCGAUGGAGGAGAUGCACGGCGCGUGCCUGGCCGAGGGGACCAAGCCCAUCAAGGUAAAUGCAUGGGUUAAGCAGAACAUACUUUAUUAUCGAGUCUUUCAUUUGGUUUUUCCUCUCUCUUUGCGGUCUCUUGCACAGGUGUAUGGAGAUAUAGAGCAAGCUAUUAUUAUAAGGAACAAGAGCACGGGUGAAAGCAAAGGUCUGGGUUACGUGAGGUUCCACAAACCUUCGCAAGCCGCCAAAGCCAUAGAAAACUGUGACAAGACUUUCCGAGCUAUUUUAGCUGAGCCCAGGACCAAAACUGCGUCAACAGACAGCGAGUAUUUCAGCAACCCCAGAACGGAGCACUCCGGGAACGAUCCAGGCGCCAACUCGUACACGUUUGCACACGAGUCCAGCGGCUACGCCACGGGGGAUGCGUGGAGCUCUGACGUCAUCACGCGGUGCCUGCUGGUGUCGUCACGGGUCGCGGUCACGCAGGAGCAGAUCCGCGGUCUGUUCGACCUGAUCCCGGGGAUCGAUUUCUGUGAGAUGCAGAGAGAUCAACACGGCUUCAGCAAAGGUCAGGUGCUGGUGCGGUAUAAUAACCUGGGCUCUGCGGUGUAUGCUAAAGAGAAGCUGAAUGGGUUUGAGUAUCCGCCUGGCAACCGUCUCUCUGUAACUUACAUAGACGAUGGGGAGGACAGGACGAGUCCCGUGGGGAAGAUGGCGAUGCAGCUUGUGGCCGCUCAGAUGAUGUCUAUGGUGUGGAACGGCCCUUCUGGUGCACAGCUCAUGAAGACUAGCGCGGGCUACACGGCGGCCCCUGUACCUCAGAAAGCACGUGUGCAGACAGACGUAUCUCUCCCUCCUCUGAGGAAGCUGGUGGCGUCUGACAGCGUGGUGAAGGAGAGGCUGUUUGUCAUCUUCAACCCCUCGCCUCUGCCUGUGGAUGUGCUGGAGGACGUCUUCUGUCGGUUCGGUUCUCUGAUGGAGGUUUACUUGGUUCCGGGCCGGAAUGUGGGAUAUAUAAAGUAUGCAGACCGCAAACCUGCUCACGACGCCAUAGCACUGCUGCACGGUAAAGUGAUUAACGGCAUCAAGAUGAAGGUCAUGCUGGCAGACCCACCAAAAGAGGAAUCUCACAAACGCCAGAGAACGUACUGACCUCUGACCUUACCACAGACACAGGUAAGUCAGCUCAGUAGGUAAGACAGACAAACUCUUCACAUAUUUAUGAAUCCACCAACUUAUGACAUUAUGAAUUUGCUCCAGAAUAAAUUCAUGACUUGAGACAUGAUGUACCUUUGACAACUGAACUGACCACUUGGAGAAACAAUUUACUGCCUGGCUACACUUAUUUAAUCAAUACUACAGUAAUAACAGUAUUAGUGAGAUUUAUCGUAAGUAACUGUGUUCUAUUUUAAUGUUUUAAAGUGUUAUUCCUGUGAUGCAAAGCAGCCAUUACAUCCGUCUUCAGAAACUAUGUUUUCACUUUUCCUCAUUUGCUUUAAUGCAGCAAAAUGAAGAGUGCAGGAUUCUCAUUAGGAGUGUAAUUGAUGCUUUAUUUGUGUAUUUUAUCAUUCAUGUGCUGGGAUGUUUGUUCCCAUGAACUGGCUAAAUGAAUAGUGUUUAAGUUUUGUAGUUAGUCUCCAUCAAAAGCACAACAAACGUACAACUAAAUUGUAAAAUCAACCCUCACAAUUAACAGCAAUAGGCUUGAUAGGCCUUGAUUCUUUAACUGUGACUCAGAAGGUGAGGACAUGAAUACAAUAACUCUGACAUGAAUCCAAGGGAGUAAAUGCUCUGAAAAACUUUUGGUAGAAGCAAUUUUCAUUCAGAAAUCGCUAGCUAAUCUCACAAUUACAGGGAAACAGCAAGUAACACACUGAAUUAAACAUGAAAUCAUGGAAAACAUACAGUAAUCAACACACAGUAAUCUUUGUAAUCAAUUGUUGUAAUGGGUGAGUGUUUGUGAAACUUGUCGCAAAAUUGUGUUUAGUGCCACUAGUGGUGCAGAAGUUACAUGCUUCAACUUUAAUGUCGGCAUGAACUCAGAACAUUUUAUUUUUCUAAUGCGUAUUAACUUAAAGUGAAUGACUCAGCUUCAAUAUAUAUGUAUCUUUUAUCAAAAUGUCAUAAAUUACUCAUUCCUGUGAUAUGCUUACUUGCUUUGCAUUCGGUUAAAGGGAUACUCCACCCCAGAAUGAACAUUUUGUCAUU